CCCAGUUUUCCCCUGGAGUCACCAGAGCGCACAGAAAAGGAGCUAAUUCAUCUAUUUAAGGCACAUAUUCAGUGUAUGCAUUCGUGUUCCACCAUGGCCAGAGCUAUAACUUUUGUCCUUUUUGCGUCAACACUUUUCUGCUGUCAGGCUGCUCCGGUGGAUCCUCAUGGAAGUUCAGAUGUACAUUGUCCUCUAAACGUAAAGAUCCUGGACGCAAUGAAAGGCGCACCUGCUGGAAAUGUGGCACUAACGGUCUUCCGCCAAGGUGCUGAUAAAACAUGGGAAAAAGUUGGCAGUGGGAACACAAAUAUAGCUGGUGAGGUUCAUGACCUUCUGUCCGAGCAGGACUUCAUACCUGGUGUGUAUCGUGUCGAGUUUGACAGCAAAACCUACUGGAAAACCGAAGGUCGCACACCAUUCCAUGAAGUUGCUGAAGUGGUGUUUGAGGCUCAUGCAGAAGGACAUCGUCAUUACACUCUGGCCCUGUUACUGAGCCCCUUCUCCUACACCACAACAGCUGUAGUGGGGAAAGGACAUGAUUAGAGAUACGCGCAGUAUGCCAAGUACCCACACCACCCACGUUUCCUCAUACCUGUACAACGAUUAGCUUGACAGGUGACCAUGAUGAACACAUUCAGACAAGAAAGAUUACUCUCUGAAUAGGUUUUCAACUAUAAACUCUUUUAAUGGUCAUUACAGACUGUAACGCAGUGAGCAAACCGGUAACAGUGAAGAGACCGGAAAAACGAAAGGGAAAAUAAAUGUAAUAAUAAAAUCAGUCAAAGCAGUCAA